GGGUGUCUUUCUUGACCAGUACCGAAAUCAACAUACAUAUCUUAAUUCUUUAUAUGGAAGAAUUUCAAUCUACAGAUGAUAAGAUUCAAAAAUCUCAAUCCUGAGGUAGUGAAGGGAAAUCCUCUUUUCUCAACUGAUUGAGGUAAUUUGUUCUCUCUUUCAACUCACUCAAUCUUGACUAGAUUUGGUUUUUCCAUUUGGAGACACAUAUGUAAUUUGUUCCUCAGGUUCAAAGAAAAUGAAAGUAGAAAUGAGAGAAUUGAUGAUGAUGAUGAUGAUCCGCUUCCUUUUCUUCUUCCUUUGGUUUCUUCAUCUUCUGCAACAAUCUGCAGGGCAAGUGGAUGACUGCAAGCCUUCACAGUGUUCUGUGAAUGGACCUAGUAUCGAAUUCCCAUUCCGAAUAAAGGGCCAACAGCCUGAGCACUGUGGAUACCCAGGGUUUGAUCUGACUUGCAAAGAUGGAGACGCCAUCUUACAACUUCCAUCUGUUGGAGAGUUGUCUAUUCUUAACAUCUCGUAUUCAAAACAGAGCAUAUCUGUUAAGAAACAAUGCAUUGCAGAAUUCAUCCUCGGGUUUGAGACAAGUAAUAGCUCAUCAUCCACAACAUCUUCUCCAUUCCAUUACUUCUGUAAUACAGAGAAUUACACUUUCUUUAGCUGCCCAAUUGAUGUUACCUCCGAUACCAGCAGGAUCUAUGAAGUGCCAUGUUUAAGCAAUAAGUCACAUACAGUUGGUUUCAUGGAAUCAUCUUGUGCCCAUGAAUGGUUGCCGAAUUCUUGCAACAUCAUGGAAACUGUUGCAGCUCCAAUUGUGCCACGUGACUAUAAUUAUGGAUGCAAUGGUGUAACUGGUUUGAGUUUGAGAUGGGAAGUGCCUGGAUGUAACUGCAGCAAGGUAGGAGAGAUAUGCGGAUUCAAGAACCAAACCACUCAGGAGUUGGGAUGUUUCAAUACCAAAGAUGUUACUCCAACUUGGUACCCCAACAACUCUUAUGGCUUCAAACAGGAAAAUUUUCAAGAUGCAUUCAAUAAAUAUUAUGCCAUAGGAGUAAGCAUUGCCUUGUUAAUUGUCAUAGCAGCAACAGCUGUCUCUAUUAAGCUCUAUAAGUCUCAGAAAUUGGCAAAAGAUAUUGCCAAAGGAGUAAGCAUAGCCUUGCUGGUUUUCAUAGCAACAACAGUUGUCUCCAUCAAGGCCUACAUUUUGCGGAAACUUACCAACGAGGAAGCAAGUGAUGAUCAACUCAAGGUUGAGAAAUUCCUGGAGGAUUACCAGUCUCUCAAGCCCACUAGAUACUCUUAUUCUGAGAUUAAGAAGAUGACUAGACAAUUUAAAUGCAAAUUAGGAGAAGGAGGCUAUGGCAGUGUGUUCAAAGGGGAGCUCUCAAAUGGAAUUCUUGUUGCUGUAAAGAUCCUCAAAUUACCAGCUAGUGAUGGAGAUGAUUUUAUCAACGAAGUGUGCACCAUCGGUAGGAUUCACCAUGUCAAUGUGGUUCGUCUUCUUGGGUACUGUGCUGAUGGAUACAAGAGAGCAUUGAUUUAUGAAUUCAUGCCCAAUGAAUCACUAGCAAAAUUCAUAUUCUCAGAAGACCCUAACAACCCUCUGCGACACUGGAAGAAGCUUCAGGACAUUGCAAUAGGUAUAGCAAGAGGAAUUGAAUACCUUCAUCAAGGUUGUGACCAGCGUAUUCUCCAUUUUGAUAUCAAGCCUCACAAUAUUCUACUAGACAAAAAAUUUAAUCCUAAGAUUUCUGAUUUUGGGCUGGCAAAGUCAUAUGCCAAAGGUCAAAGUAAUGUAUCGAUGACAGCUGCUAGGGGAACAAUGGGUUAUGUUGCACCAGAAAUAUUCUUCUCCUGGAAAUUUGCUAAUGUUUCCUAUAAAUCAGAUGUUUACAGUUUUGGGAUGUUGUUGCUUGAAAUGGUGGGAGGAAGGAAGAAUAUAGAUGCCACAGUGGAGCACUCUAGCCAAGUAUACUUUCCUGAAUGGAUUUAUAGUCGCCUACAUCAAGGGGAAGAGCUGAGUUUGGGGCUAGUUGCAGAAGAAGAUGCUGAAAUUGCAAGGAGAUUGGCCAUUGUUGCAACUUGGUGCAUACAGUGGUACCCAUCAGGUCGCCCUUCAAUGAAUACUGUGAUUCAGAUGUUGGAAGGAGAAAUUGAUGACUUCGAAAUGCCACCUAACCCUUUUGUUUCAACAGCUGAGGAAGAGGCAGAGGCAGAGGCAGCAAUGUUGGAGGGAUCACUAGGCUCAAAUCUAGCAGUCAUCAUUGAAUAGAAGCAAAGAUAAGUAGUAAAUAGCAUGGUAAAACUUCAGAUUAUAGUAUAUCUUAAAUUGAUCAACCAGGAAAGCAUGCACAACUGCUUUUUCUGUUGUCCUGUAUAAUGGGUGGGCUUUGAGUAUAUAUUUCUUUUGGAAGAGGGAGUACAAUCUUGCAACCAGUUGUACAUACAUACCCAUUACUCCCAACAAUAAACUGUUUCAAUUCUGCAG